AUGGCUUUUCGCGCCUUUAGAUCACAAUCAGUAUCAACACAAGGAUCAUAUAGUUUAGCAGAUAAAACAACAGAUGAUCAUGUUCCGAGCAAAGUUGCGCAAAGCACGGUAACAUGUUUGUAUCAAGCCAAUGUAGCUGGAUUUUGGAGAAAUGUAUCAAUUCUAUGGUGCAAAAAUCUUAUGAACCAUUCGUUACACAUCACGAUCGAUAGCGUGGGAGGUGAAUCGAAAUUCAGCUGCAAGAUCGAUGUGAAAUCGUGGCCCUUUUGGAGCAAAAAAGGGUACAAGAUAUUCGAAGUCGAAGGGAACCAAGUGGAAGUUUAUUGGGAUCUUCGGAACGCGAAAUUCACGGGUAGUCCUGAACCGAGUAGCGAUUACUACGUAGCGUUAAUAUCAGACGAGGAAGUUGUUUUGUUGUUGGGAGAUUACAAGAAAAAGGCAUACAAAAGAACAAAAUCUAGACCUGCGCUGGUCGACGCGAUGUUACUUGUGAAGAAAGAAAACGUUUUCGCGAAGAAAAGUUUCACUACAAAGGCAAAGUUCGACGAGAAGAGAAAAGAGAACGAGAUUGUUGUCGAUAGUGUAACUAAUGGCGGACCUAAUGUUGAUCCCGAAAUGCGGAUUACCAUCGACGGGGUUGUUUUGAUUCAUGUCAAGAAUUUGCAAUGGAAAUUUAGAGGAAACCAAACGGUUAUGGUUAAUAAACAACCUGUGCAAGUUUUUUGGGAUGUUCAUGAUUGGUUGUUUAGUGGUUCCGGUUCGGGACCGGGACUUUUCAUUUUUAAGCCGGGGCCGGUUGAAGCUGAAAGUGAAAAAGAAGGUAGUGUUGUUGAAGCUUGUGAAAAUAAUGAUGAUGCUAGUGUUGGUUGUUAUUCAUCUCUUAAUGUUGCUAGUUUUGAGUUUUGCCUUGUUCUUUAUGCUUAUAAGAUUGAGUAA